AUGGAAGAUAGAGUGUUCAGAUGCUAUUAUGAGCUCUGCAAUAAAGUUUAUAAAACAAAGUACACAUUGGCAAGGCACAUUAAUUCAGAACAUUUAAAAAUCGGUACAGUAAAUAACAAGUCUACUUCGAUAGAAAGAGAAGAAGCAGAUAGUAUUGAAGCUAGAAUUAAUGAAACACAACAUAAGCAAGUCGACUUAUUCUUGCUUUCUCGGCGCAUCAUAUGGCUUAUCAGCUAUUUUAGACAGCUAUUGGCUUUAUAUUAAUUAGCCAAAAUAGAAUGGUUUCUUUUUGACUUUUUUAAAAAAAUGGAGUUAUUUUUACAAGGAGAUAGGUACUUACAGUUAUCUAAGCUGGGUUGAGUGAUAUAGAUACACCUAAUGUUAAUUUAAAUUUUCAAACAACACAAGGCACUUUGCCAAUCUUACCGCUUGUUGAUAACAGUAGAAAAGUCUGUCCAACUGAAAUUAAGCUUCCUGUAAUGCUGCAUCUCUUAAACUCUGUUGGGUAA